AUGAAUAAUCCAAUCAGAAAAACGUCAAACCACAAAAUUCUCAAUUUACUUUCAUUGACAUUUCUUCUGAUCUUUUUAUCCACCGUUGUUUCAUCUCAUUCACAAUCCACAAACCACAAAACGCAGCGUUUAACCGAAACCAAUAAAAUCACUGAGCUUGUGAUCGCCACCUUAAACCAAACCAUCUCAAACGUAAAUCUCUCUUCCUCCAACUUCUUAGACCUCCAAAAACGUCUCGGUCCAAAGCUAACCCACCGCGACCGCUGCGCGUUCGAAGACUGUCUCGGACUACUCGAUGACACCAUCUCUGACCUCAAAACCGCGAUCUCCAAGCUCCAAUCUUCCUCUCUUGGGUCUCACGACGUCAAUAUGUUGCUCAGUGACGCCAUGACGAACCAAGACACGUGUCUCGAUGGUUUCACGGCAAGUGACGAUGAGAAAAGUGAUGAUAGGACGUAUAGAUUGGCUGAGAGCUUGAAGGAGAGCAUCAUAAACAUCUCUAACAACCUCAGUAAUUCUCUGGAUAUGCUUCAGAAGAUUCGGGGAAAGGACUCUUCUACAGAAGCAUUAGAGGUUGACGCUGAGUUCCCGAGUUGGAUCUCAGAGAAUGACCAGAGACUCCUUCAGUCUCCGGUGGAAGAGACCGAUUUCAAUCUCUACGUGGCGAAAGAUGGUACCGGAAACUUCACAACCAUUAGUGAAGCCAUCUCCGCCGCUCCCAAGUUGAGCGAAACUAGGUUUAUGAUUUAUAUAAAAGAGGGGCUGUAUUUUGAGAACGUCGAAAUAUCGAAGAAGAAGACAAUGAUAAUGCUUGUUGGAGACGGUAUCGGAAAAACAAUCAUAAAAGGAAACCGCAGCCGUGUUGAUGGAUGGUCAACAUUUCAAUCUGCCACCGUAGGCGUGAAAGGUAACGGCUUCAUAGCUAAAGGCAUAUCAUUCGUGAAUUUUGCCGGACCUUCGAAACACCAAGCCGUGGCAUUUCGAAGCGGUUCUGAUCUCUCUGCUUUUUACCGUUGCGCGUUCGAAGGUUACCAAGACACUUUAUACGUCCAUUCAGCAAAACAAUUCUACCGAGAAUGUGACAUAUUUGGUACAAUCGAUUUCAUAUUCGGUAACGCGGCUGUUGUGUUCCAAAACUGUAGUCUUUAUGCUCGUAAACCAAACCCUCACCAGAAAAUCGUAUACACCGCUCAAGGCCGCAACCAGUCAGAACAACCUACAGGUAUCUCUAUGAUUAAUUGUAGCAUCUUGGCCGCAGAAGAUUUGAUCCCUGUAAAAGCAAGCUUCAAGGCUUUCUUAGGUCGACCAUGGAGACUAUUCUCUAGGACUCUUGUCAUGAAAUCGUUUAUUGAUGAUCUUAUCGAUCCUGCUGGAUGGUUGGAGUGGAAAGACGUUUUUGCUCUUGAUACAUUAUAUUAUGGAGAGUAUAUGAAUGAAGGGCCCGGUUCGAACAUGACAAACCGGGUCAAAUGGCUCGGUUUUCAGCAGAAUGUAACAGAAGUGGAAGCAGCCCAAUUCACAGUUGGUCCAUUUAUUGAUGGUAACACAUGGCUUAACUCAACUGGCAUCCCAUUUAAUCUCGGUUUGUGA